AACCAACUAAUAUCCAUUUAAAUUCCUCUUGGCUCUUAGGCAUGUAGUCAACAACUCAUAUCAAGAUUCAAGAAGCUUUUUUUCCCGCCACUUGAAGAUCGAAAUUCAAUGUUUUUAUUAUCGUCUAGUAAGCUUUUGCUCCGACUUCAUCCACAAAUGACAUGAACAUGGUUGUAAUUGUAGGGUGUGGUCUUGGUGCCGAAAUUCAAAGUUGUUACCUUCCAUUUUUGAACUCCAAUCCUUUCUUCUUCUUUCAAUAGCUUUUUCAAGAAUCAACUUGAUCUAUCUAUUAGAAAUUUCAAUUUGUUUACUGUUUGAGGAUUGUACUAAUUCUUCAAUUACAUGAUUCCGAGUGUUGAUAUUGGGAAAAUACUAUCGAUCAAACUGAAAUUAAGGGCUUGUUCCCCAAAUUAAGUGUUUUGGUUAAAGAAUUAGGGUUUCCAAUUCUUUUUUUUUUUUUUUUUUUUUUUUAAACCGAUAUUUCGAUAUUUGAAUUACUACAGAGGCAAAUGAUAAUCGAACAUGGCCAGAAUAUCUUUUCGACCUCGUCGUAUUGACUUUCUUAAACAACUCGCCAUUGUUAAAUCAUUAAAGAAUCUGGAAGAUGAUGAUUUGCCGACUUCUAUUAAAAAUUCGCAACGUCUUACCGCUGAAUCUGAUAAUGAGGUUCGUCGUGUUUUUAGUAAGAAACACGUUGUUGAAAUCCAUACACCACAAUUUGUUGCUGUUGAUACUUAUGAAAGAGAUUACUUGAGAAGUUUUUGUCAACCUACUUCUUACAUUCGUGCUCGAGGAGCGCGAGCUGAGCUUGAUGAAUUCGUGGAGUACGACUUGGAUAUUGAGGAUGAGGAAUGGCUUCAAGAAUUUAACAGGGAUAAGAAAAAAUUGACACAUGCGAAAUUUGAAAAUCUUCUCUUUAAGUUGGAGGUACUCGACCAUAAAGCUCGGGAGAGAGCAGGUUUUAUAAUGACAACUCUUGGUUCUUCAGUUCCGGUUUUUCUUUCGAUUGAUGCUGCAGCUGAGGCCCUGUACUCUCUGCCGACAAAGUAUGCUGUUCUUGAAUCUGUUUAUUGGUACUGGAAGGAGAAGAGAGAACGGUGGCAGAAGCCAAUCCUCCGGUGCUUGCAGCCACCACCUCCUGCAAAUGAUACAAAUCCAAACAAUGUUUUUAGGCCAAGAGAAAAAGUCCACAAAGUCCACUCAACAAGGAUGCAAAGGAGGGAAAACAAUGUGAAGUCUUUUGAAAAGCUUCGUCAUGUCAGACGCAACCUUGACCAGACGAAGACCAUAUUGGACGCACUGAUAAAGAGAGAAGAGAAAAAGAGGGAUGUUAUGGAGAUUGAAGUUAGCCUUCAGAGGAUUCCGUUGAUGUACAAGGGUCUUUUCAGAAGCCAUUGGAGCCAGUUAUGCCAUUCACAAAGCCUAUAGUUUUAGAGAAGCUGGUAGCUGCUGGGAUUACACCCCCUUUUGAUGCCUCAAAUUCCUCUGCAUCUGCAAGGUCACCUGCAUUUUGUGGUAGAAUUGGCCGGGGUGGGAGAAUUAUCUUUGAUAGAUGGAAUCCACUUAUGCAUACACCAGUUAGUGUCGAAGAUUCCUUGUACUCGUCUCCUAGACACAGCCCUCAACACAGUUUAUGUAGCUAGUCUUUGACUGUAAUGGUCUCGUUUAAGAAGCUCUUAUAAAGUGCGGGAACCACGUCAUUGCUGAUUCAUAAUUGGAUCGUCCGACUCCUGCAUGUGAGAUGUAUAUAAUACUGAAUACUGAUAUGCUGAUUCGCACCAUUUAUUCUCCUAACUGCGUGCACAGAUAAAUUCAUUUUGCAUAUUCAAGGUAUGUGCAAAUUUUUUGUAAAGGAAUAGGCAUUAAUCCACAUGAACACUGCACCUGAAUUGUAUAUCGGGAAUCGGGUGCCUUACUGUUACUUUGUAGUAUAACUGUAGUCUGUAUCAUGUGUUAUGUUGGAAAGUCAUAGAAUCAUUUCUUUCUCAUUUUGUAGUAUUAAUUCUUUGAACUUUGAUGGCUGAAUAGUGAAUACAGUUUAACUUUGAAUAGGCUAUACCAAUGUC